AUGUUUAUUGGCAGACAACGGAUUCGUAUCACUAAAGCAACGCGUGACUCUUUAUACCCCCUUGUUUGUCAUGGUACAAUUUUACCAGAAGCAUCUUUUGAUCGUGAAAUGGCCAGUCACCCUUUGGGUUGGGGAUUGAUUCCUCGAUCAUGGGCUCGUUUCGGUCGCGACCCACUACCAGCACGUCCAAGUACUCAGAAUUCCAACUCAUUAAACCAAGUUUCAGCCAGUGCAGUGUCUACAAAGUAUUCAAACACUCGUCCCUCUCACAAUAGUCUACCCAGUUCUCCCCCAUCACAUUCUCUCACAGUAAACUUUUGUGUCCCACCAGCAGGUAAUGCCUUUUCUAUUUUCGAUUCCCGGUUGAGUACCUGGAGAACUGCAGGACCCAUCAGCUCUGGAAAUAUAUAUCCGUCGUGUAGCUCCGCAGGAGCUCGACUUGAUCAUUUUGUUGACGAUGGUUCAGACCAGGAAGACAACUCAAAAAAAUCGAAAUGUGAUCCUGAUAAGUUUGACAAUGAAGGCGAUACGGAGGUAAAUUGUGCAUCAUCCAGUUAUAACAAAAAGCAGGGUGUAAAAUCAGGAAAUAAACUAGCUAGAUCUUCCUCACUUUCAGAAGACGUUGAAUUAAUUGUGGAUCGUGCUGUUGAUCGAGUUGGCAGACCCUUCCAUUAUCGUAUCAAACAGCUUUGUGAUCCUCGUCUCUUGGCUCGUCGUGAUGUUUUAGCCGCAGUUGCACAAGCUUACGCUUCUCUACCGUAUUGGGUUUAUCGACAGUAUGAUUUGAAUUAUUUAGUUGCAGCCAUUCAAGCGGAACUUUAUAAUUGGAAUGAUACUUGGCAAGUUGAUAAAUGGAAUCCUGAAUUAGCCGUCCCUUUUUCUUACUGGCUAAUACAAAAUCUUCCGAUGUCUGGUUCGUUGAAAUCUCAUAUAUUGGGUAUCGAUCAUGUUGUACAACGUUUACGAGCUUUGCUAGAAGUUAUACGCCGUUCGACAGCCUGUGUUUGUUCAUCAUGUGAUGCAAAUAUCACUUCAAACCAAUAUAUUAUAUGCCUUGCUCAAGAAGGAAGUUCACAGACGUAUAUUAAUCCAUCUGGCAUUUUACACGAUAUUGUAACUGUGAGUCAAGUCACACCAAAUUCUGUUAAUCUUAUCGGUGAGGCCUCAGCUGAAUAUUCCUGGUUCCCUGGUUAUUCUUGGACAAUAGCCAAUUGUAAUAGUUGUUACCAGCAUAUGGGUUGGUUAUUCAAAGCGUUAAAUGAUCAGUUACGUCCACGAAAAUUUUGGGGUAUCCGACGUCAGACAGUUGUACCCGGUUUAAUAAGUGCAUCAGAUUGGCGUCCUUGUAUUUAAUUUGUUAAGGAAAAGUAUCUUGAUUUUUAUCUUUCUUUAACAAAAUUGUUAUCAACAGAUAUUGUCUUGUUCAUUUCCUUUGUCAUUAAAGUUUUAUAUGUGAAAUUUGAGUCAUAUAUAUCGACAACACAUUCUAACUGUUGCGAGUUGUUUAUACGCAUAAGUUCAUAAUUUGUCAUUAUUUUCCUCUAAG